CGGCCCGAGCGCGCAGGGGAGGGAUCAGGCAGGAAUAUCCCAGUUUUCCCCGCUUGCAGGGCCGUUUUUGAACAACCCGAAUGUGGGCUCAGCUAACGGGGGCAGGACACAAGUGACCCCUUCUCCUGAUUAUCCUUAGUGUGGAAUAUUCCCAGGAAAGCGUAGCCUAUCUCCCCGGGAACCUGAGCUUCAGCUCUGGUGCCUGACAGGUGAGGUAAUUCCCCGGGAACUCCGACAGCGACAUAAAUCCCCUUCAGAAUAAGGAUUGGUCUGGCCCAGAUCCAGGGCUAAGCUCCCACUGCCCGCCCCGUGAGCACCAGGCCCGAGCUCCAGCAGGAAUUCCCCCCUCCGGGAACAACCGGAUCCCGCAUCCCCCGCAUCCUGCGCGCGCCCCGCCCCGCUCCCGGUGCCGCGGCGGAGGAGGAGCAGGAAAGGCAGGGAAGGCAGGAAAGGCACGGGGAGCCAUGGACAGCGCCGGCAAGGAGCGGGAGGCCGUGCAGCUGAUGGCGGAGGCCGAGAAGCGGGUCAAGGGCUCGCACUCCUUCCUGCGGGGGCUCUUCGGGGGCAACACCCGGGUGGAGGAGGCCUGUGAGAUGUACACCAGGGCUGCCAACAUGUUCAAGAUCGCCAAAAACUGGAGUGCGGCAGGAAAUGCCUUUUGCCAGGCAGCCAAGCUGCACAUGCAGCUCCAGAGCAAGCACGACUCAGCCACCAGCUUCGUGGAUGCAGGGAAUGCCUACAAAAAAGCGGAUCCGCAAGAGGCCAUCAACUGCUUAAACGCAGCCAUCGAUAUCUACACGGAUAUGGGCCGCUUCACCAUCGCCGCCAAGCACCACAUCACCAUCGCCGAGAUCUACGAGGCCGAGCUGGUGGACAUCGAGAAGGCCAUCGCGCACUACGAGCAGGCCGCGGAUUAUUACAAGGGAGAGGAAUCCAACAGCUCGGCCAACAAGUGUCUGCUGAAGGUGGCGGCGUACGCGGCGCAGCUGGAGCAGUACCAGAAAGCCAUCGAGAUCUACGAGCAGGUGGGAACAAACACGAUGGAUAACCCUUUGCUCAAGUACAGCGCCAAGGAAUAUUUCUUCAAAGCUGCCCUGUGCCACUUCAUCGUGGAUGAGCUGAAUGCCAAGCUUGCACUGGAGAAAUACGAAGAGAUGUUCCCGGCUUUCACAGAUUCCCGGGAAUGCAAGCUAUUGAAAAAACUGCUGGAAGCUCACGAGGAGCAGAACAGCGAGGCCUACACUGAGGCAGUGAAGGAAUUCGACUCCAUCUCUCGGCUGGAUCAGUGGCUCACCACGAUGCUGCUGCGCAUCAAGAAAACCAUCCAGGGCGAGGGCGACGGCGACCUCAAGUGACGCCCGCGGGCCCUUCCCGCCUCCAGCCGAGGACUUUUCGGGAAUUCCCGACCCAAUCCCGCGCUUUCUUUCGUCGCUUCCCACUCCCAUGGCUCACUGUGUUUCUUUAGCCCCCGCUCUGUGGUGAUGCUCCGGGCGGAUUCGAGGCGGGAGAAGCCCUUGGAGAGGAAUUCCUGCUCUUCCUCCUUCUCCUCCUGGGGUUUGGCCCCGCUCAUCCUGGUGCCUGCACUCGCAGCUCCCGGUUUUCCCGCUCUUCCGUUGAUUCCAGCAUGUAAAUAUUCCAUCCAGGCCAGCACAGUACCAGUAAGCGCUUCCAGCCCGCUGUGUUCCCGCCUUCCCGUUCUCCAGUGUUGGAUGCACUUGGGUUUGGGGGUCUGGAAGUGGUGCUAGCCAGAGGCUUUGGGAAUUGGGAAUAUCCUGCACACCCCCACCACGCCAAAGGCAUUCCAGGUGUCGGCCCUAGGUCCUGCUUCCACCUUUCUUGGAUUGAUUUUCCACUUUAGUUCGUGGUGCAUCCCAUCCCUCCACUUCCCAAGUAAUUCCACCUGAGGAAGGAUCGAGUUUGGUACCUCUCCCGCCAUGUGGGCUGGGCACAUUCCCUAAAUUCCCACCCCUGGGGAUGCUGCACACGGGUGUUGAUCCCACGGGAGCCUCGUUGGAAUUUGGGUGGCAACUUGGGAGAAGUUGAGAAAUUCCUGCAGGAAUUGGUGGAUGUGUGGCUCAGGAGAGAGGAUUGAGCUGCCUGGUUUUUCAGGGAGUUUGUGCAAUGUGUCACUCUUUGGGAAGAGUGAAGUCGUUCAUUAAGGGCUGUUCUGGAGGCUCCAGGCAGCUCCAGCCCAUUUCCUCUGGAAAAAGUCGGGUUGGAAUGUUGGGCUUUGGAUAGAGCUUGGCUCGUUGGGCUCCGAAGUUCUGAAAACCAAAAAUCCCCAUCCAUGCCAAAUUCUCCUUGGUUCGGUGUUUCCCCGCCCUUCCCCAUCCCUUUAUUUCCCACAGGUCCUUGUGUUCACCCCCAGCAGGUGGAAAAGGCCGGGCUUGGGAGGCAGGGAGGGAUCUCCCAGCCCCAGGCUCGGAAUGACCUGGAGUCCAUCCAUUCCCACCCUCAGGAAUGGCUCUGUGGGAGCCGGGAUGAGGGGAAGCACGGCUUGGGAGGCUCCACUUUUCCCGGUGUUUUUUUGGUUCUGUUGCCGUUCCCUGUGUCGGUGUUGUAGGACAGGAGGAGCAGGAGGGCUGUUACUCCAUCCCUACACCUGGUAGUUGUGUGUGAGUAGCUCCAGCAUGUCCUCCGCUGUAUCCAUGGUGAAUUGUGACGGUUCCCAGGUGACAAUUCCGCCACUCCCGCUGUAUCCCCGCCCCACCUCCAUCACUCUCUACUCGGAAAACUUAUUUAAGGAAAUGGCCUUAGCGAGAAUUAUCAUGUUUGGUGUGACUCUGUACAUGAAUAAAGUGAAAAUCAUGGAUGGAA